AUGCCCGAGACGCCAAGAGAUGGAUCUUUCAUAUUCUUCUCUCCAUUUUUCAUGCCCCAAGAAAUUCCAAAGAAUCGUCAUGCGUCUGAAGCUGCUAUGAAAAAAUUGCCAAUUAUUAAAAUUACUCAAGAGCACAUUGAUGCACAGGCAACUUGUCCAAUUUGUUUGGAUGCAUUUUCAUUUGCAAAUAACAUUGAUGAAACCAAUGAUCCAAAUAUUAGCACCAAUAUCGACACCAAUGAGAAAAUGAAUAUUGAAGACACACAAUAUGUCGAUAAGACAACAAAUAAUAACGAUAAGAAAGAAGAUGGCAAUAAUAAAGUUGAUCAAGCAACUCAAACUCAUGAAGUUGUUAGAGAAAUGCCCUGCAAACACAUGUUUUGUGAAUCAUGUUUAUUUAAAUGGUUAAAACAAAAUGUUACAUGUCCAUUAUGUAGAAUUGAAAUAGAAUCAGGAGAUGAGCAACAAAAGAUUCCUCAAACACCUCCGGUUUCAUCAUCUCCAUUACAAACUCCAAUUUCUUCUUCAUCUCCACCUUCUUUCUCACCGUCUGAACACGAGCAAUCAAAUCCUUCAAAUCCUUCAAAUACGUCAAUAACAUCUUCAGCUCAAAAUGCAAUUAUAGAUGAGGAUCAUCAAGAACAUCAAGUGAAUGAGCAACAACAAAUUUCUUCAAUGAUAACUAUGCCUCAAUGUCAACAUCAUUUUCACCCUAAUUGUUUAAGAACUUCUUUAUUGGUGGAAGGUUAUUCAUUUGAUGAGGAUUCUUCUUCUAAUGAUAAUAAUAAUUCUAUGAUACAUUUUCGUUGUCCAUCUUGUCGAACUCCCGCAACUGUUCAAAGAGACUUAUUGAAAAUAGUUUCAUAA